AUGCAAAUCAGAAGGUCAGUUUACCUGUGGAACCUGAUUAUCCGGGAUUCUACCAACGCUGGUCAUUUCUGUCAAACUCUAAACCACUAUUCUUCUAUGCUACGAACAGGACUUCAUGGCAAUGACUUCACUUUCCCUUUGGUCUUCAAAGCCUGCUCUAGCAUUGACUCCAUACGUGACGCGACAAAGGUCCAUUCCCAUACCCUCCUUCUGGGAUUUCAAGCCUAUGUCUUUGUGCAGACUGCUCUCCUUGACAUGUAUUCCAAAUGCCAUGACCUGCCCUCUUCAAGAAAAGUGUUCGAUGAAAUGCCAACGAGAACUGUUGUCUCUUGGAACUCCAUCAUUUCUGCUUAUUGCCGUUCUUUUUUGUUCCACGAAGCCGUUUUACUGCUUCAUGAAAUGCGGCUUCUUGGUUUGGAACUAAGUUCCACCACAUUUCUGAGCUUUCUUUCCACCACCUCUAUUCUUCUUCGACAAGGCUUGUCUAUUCACUGUUGCGUAUUUAAACUUGGACUCUUAAAUACCUAUGAUGACAUACCCCUAACCAAUGCUGUGAUCAGCAUGUAUAUCAAAUAUGGUCAAGUCCGUGAAGCACAUGCCGUUCUUGAUUCGAUGCAUGAGAAAUCAGUCGUUACUUGGACAAUAGUUAUCGGUGGCUACGUAGAUUCAGGGAAUGUAGUCGAAGCCUUCAGUAUGUUCAAUAAAAUGAGAACAGUUAGUUCCAUCAGCCCUGACUUGGUAGUGUUUAUAAGCCUCAUUAAAGGUUGUGCACAACAACGGAAUUUGUUGGCAGCUUCGUCACUUCAUUCUCUCAUAGUAAAAUGUGGAUGUGAGAAUAAAGAUCCUCUAGAUAACUUGCUACUCAGCAUGUACGCAAAAUGUGGAGACCUCAUCUCAGCUAGAAAAGUGUUCGAUAUGGCACAUGAGAAAAAUGUGUUCUUGUGGACAUCUAUCAUAGGUGGGUACACACACAUGGGUUAUCCUGCUGAAGCUUUGGUUCUUUUUAAGAAGCUGUUGAAGACAGCUAUUAAACCGAAUGGAGCAACUCUGGCUACUAUCCUGUCAGCUUGUGCUGACUUGGGGUCAUUGGACAUGGGCAAAGAGAUUGAAGAGUACAUCUUAGCAAAUGGGUUUCAUUCUGAUAGGCAAGUACAGACCUCUUUGAUACACAUGUUCUCCAAGUGCGGAAGUAUAGACAAGGCUAUGUCUGCGUUUGAGAGGGUAUCGGAUAAGGAUUUAGCUGUUUGGAGUUCCAUGAUAAAUGGUUGUGCCAUUCACGGGAUGGGAGAAGAGGCUUUCGGUCUCUUUCACAAGAUGCAAGAAAUACAAGGAAUAAAGCCGGAUGCUGUUGUUUAUACAAGCAUAUUGUUGGCUUGCAGCCAUUCUGGAUUGGUUGAAGAUGGUCUCAAGUUUUUUAAAAGUAUGCAGAAGGAUUUUGGAAUAGUACCUAGUGUAGAACAUUAUAUGUGCUUGGUUGAUCUUCUUGGCAGAGCUGGCCAGCUUGAAUUGGCUUUGAGAACCAUUAGAGUGAUGCCUGUCAAACUAAAAGCUCAAGUUUGGGCUCCAUUUCUUAGUGCUUGCAGGAAACAUUGCAAUCUUGAGAUGGGGGAGCUUGCAGCUAGAAAGCUGUUAGAUUUGGAUCCUGGAAGCCGUGGUAAUUAUGUAUUACUGGCUAAUUUAUAUACGUCCAUGGGCAAGUGGAAGGAGGCUGCCGCAACAAGGAGCUUGAUGAAUGACAGAGGGUUGGUUAAAGUACCUGGUUGGAGCCAGGUUGAGAUCGAUGGUUCUGUCCAUGUUUUCAUUGCUGGAGAUCGGAAGCAUGCUCAGUCAGUUGAUAUCUACAAAAAGCUAGAGGAAAUAAAUUUAAAACUUGCAGAAGCUGGAUAUGUUCCGGAAACAGAUACUGUGAUUCACGACUUAGAAAGGGAAGAGAAGGAGGAAGUAUUGAAAGUUCAUAGUGAGAGAUUGGCUGUUGCAUUUGGUCUCAUCAGUACCGAGGCAGGAUCAACUCUGAGGAUCAUAAAGAACGUACGCAGUUGUUAUGAUUGCCAUUCUGCUUUGAAAUUUAUCUCAAAGAUUACAGGUAGGCAUCUUAUUGUGAGAGAUGGUUCCCGCUUCCACCAUUUUGAGUCUGGUACAUGCUCGUGCAAGGAUUUCUGGUGA